ACCGAUUUUGGCGUCUGUUACAAAUUCAACGGUGACGCUCACAAUCGUCUGAAUGUCGUCAGAUCUGGCGCGAGAUCCGGAUUGAGUGUCAUGUUAAACAUUGAGCAGUAUGAAUACAUGAUUGGGCCGGAUCACGAGUCCGGUGUUAAGUUAUUGUUACAUGACCCGCGAGAAAUCCCACAAGUUCGUGAUCUUGGUUUCGCCGUGUCACCUGGCUCGCACGUUCUUGUUGGGGUUAAGAAACAACUGAUUGAGAACCUGGAAGCACCUUAUGGAACGUGUCUAGUAAGUAGGGUUUUUCGUUCUAUUAUUUGUUUUUGUAUGUCUGCUUGUUUGUCGAGGUGCAUAUCCAACGAUGUCUUUUCCAGGUGUGGUUGUCGGGACCUGCACAUGCUACCGCCCACUAAAUAUAAAGACCGUCAUUUCAACGCUAAGAUCCCUCUCUUCACCAACACCCAGCCCGAUUUCUCGCACUGGAUCACCUUGGUUUACGACAUUCAUGACGGACUGUCCGCAUUUUUUGAUUUAUCCGAUAACUUGAGUUCCAGUCGUUUGAUUUUGAAGUUGCAGAUUUGUUCGAAAGCGGAGAUGGAAGCAGAAAGACAUCAAAAUGAGAAGUCAAUCCAUGCCGAGACAGAAAACUUCAUAAAGUUGGACAUCUUCUACAAGGAGCUAAGUUACGAACACAUCCAACAGCAGGUAAGUUUCCAAUCGUUGAGUCUCUUCAGCGAGAUCGGCGGCUUUCUUGGCCUACUACUCGGCGCCAGCGUCCUUACGAUGUUGGAAUUCAUCGAUUUCUUCAUCAUGCUCAUCUCGGGAUACGCGGGGAAGUUUAGACAGAAAUCCAACUGA